CACACCAAGGACGAUGUCACUGUUCGAGUCUUAUGAGAAACAGUAUGGAAAUCUGACUAGCGACAUAACAUUUAAGUUAGGAAAAAUUCCUCAGUUAAACGGUGGUGAAAGAGCGAAAGAAGUACAUGAUGUGUCAAUACUUUUUGACGAGACGAAGGAGUUAAUUGAACAAAUGUCUCUGGAAGUCCAGGAAAUGCGCUCCGAUGUCCGCUCCAAAUUCCAAAAUCGGCUUGAAUGUUAUCGAAAAGAAUUAGAGAAACUUACGACAGAAUUCCGGCGACCGCGGUAUGCUGUUCGGCGUCCUGACCGUAAGGAUUCAUACGGUUUCGAUGACGAGGAUAAUUUACAUGAAGAGGUUUUGUUUGAUACAGACAUGAGAGCUCAGCUUCUGGGCAACACUGAACGAAUAUCUCGGACUACUACCAAAUUGGAAGAUGGUGUGCGAGUCGCUUUAGAAACAGAAGAAGUAGGUGGUCAUAUACUACAGGACUUAAGCGAGCAACGGGAAAAACUUCAAAGAAGUAGAGACAAGCUUCGUCAGGCAGAUUCUGAUCUGAAAAAGAGCUCCCGAAUACUUUCAGUUAUGACUCGCAGGUAACUAUCAUUUCUUAUAUUUCCAACAAGUCAUAGGCACUUUCGUUUAGAGACUGAAACUUUUCAUUAGUGUUUAGUUGUUUCUCAUACCAUAUACAUUUAAUUUAUCUACUGACCAGUUUUUCUUUUCAGAAAUGAGUUUUUUUACCCAUAGCAUCCACAUUUAUGAUCUAGAGUUUUCGUUAGGAUUUAGAAGAGACAGAAAAUCAUGUGUAAUAUUUCCUAAUCUUUUUGGUUUUACCAGCUUAUAGAUUGAGGCUUCGUACAGUUAUAGAACAUAGUUCUGUACAGCUAGACUCUCAGACCAUUGUUCUUGAGAGAAAACUGAAAAGCAAUGUAGCGAAAUAAACUUUCGGUAUUUGUGGUGGUAAGCUAUCAGGGUUAUUUAAGGCUAAACCUAUAUGGACUGUUCAUAGUUACUUAGAACUUUUGUGAAAUAGGCAGUCAGUUAUUUGCCAGGUUUUACGUUGUGAUAAAUACUGAGUAUGUCAUAUUUUGUUGGGGGAGUUGGUAAAAGCGAGUUAAAAAACACAUUCUAUGGGUCAUUUUUACUGCUCUAUUACAUAAAAACUAUAACCUCUAAACAUUUAUGUAUAUUUGAUUCAUUUAUUGUGAUUUUUUCAAAUGAAUUGAUACCAUCUCACUUUGACAAACAUUUCAGUGCCUAUACAUACAUGAGCCUAUCUAUUUUGUACCAAUUAUUAUCUUAAUUUUAUAAUCUUUCAUCACAUACUAUAAAAUAAAUGAACUAGUACACGUUUUUCGGAUGUCAGGAAAGGAUCAAUAUUGUUGUGCGGAUUGUGUUGUUCGUUUAAAAAUAGUCGAGUGUUAUUUAUCAACUCCCUUGUCUUGGGGAGCACUUCUUAUUAAGGCUAAUAGCAUAGUAACAGACACAGAGCAAUCACGACAGUUAACAAAUCACAAUGCUUAGAUCCCAGUUCAAAUCAUAGAAAACCUUGAGUAGUAAUGUCGCACAAAACGUUGCAAUAACAACUCCAUCCCUUCCUUAUCUUGUAUUAGGGAAAAAUGAAUCGUUUAUAGUUAGUAUUCUUCCUUUGUGAAUUUCUUUAAUUUGCAUUUAACAGUCAUCUGCUUAAUAUUAAGUGGUGUAACUCAAAUAAGUAGCAUACAUACACUUCAAGACAAAAUUCAUAAUAUGUGAGCAGCCUACUUAUUAGUAAUUGUGUUAUGUACCUUCUCCUCAUCUGUGAUCCAAGAUUAUUUUCAUUUUCUCUUUUUUUUAGAAUUCUCCAAAACAAAUUCCUU